UGCCUCCACUGCUGCGCACUUUUCCAUACCCGCCGCCAUCCGAGCCCCUCACUCAAACACACGCACUGUGUCGUCCCUUGUUCCACGUCUCUGACACACGCAUACGCACACGCACAUUAUACUCAUAUACACGCACACACGCACACACGCACACACAUACACGUGUGAGGGAGCGAGCAAACGAGCAUCAAGAAGCAGCAAGCCAUGUCGUCAACAGCCAAAAGCGCGACCACAACGCCGCGAGCAAAGGUGGUGAGCAAGACGACGACGCGUCCCACAUUCGCCACGCCGCGGUCCGCUACCAAGACACGUACCACCAAGAAGUCGACAACCCCAGGCCACAAAAAGGGCACUGGAAAGCAGCGCGUCACCAGACAUGUUGACCAGCGCGUCCAAGCACGCAACAGUGCACUGAACGCCUUUGGUGGCGUCAAGGUCGAUGUCUUCGUGCGUGUGCGCCCUCGCCUGGAGCUCGAGAGUGGCCAGGAGGAAUGUGUCUCUGUUGACCCGGAGGAGAACACGCUUGAGCUGCGUGAUCCAGCAGGGAACCCAGCCACCUACACUUACGACAAGGUGUAUGGCCCAAGCUCGUCCCAGUCCGAUGUGUACGAUGAUUGCGUGUCUCCAAUUGUGGAGCAAGUCUGCCGCGGUAUGAACUGCUGUAUCUUCGCAUACGGUCAAACCGGCGCAGGAAAGACGUUCACCAUGCGCGGUGAUUUGUCGAGCAACGAGAACCAGCACGGUAUCAUUCAGCGAUCCCUCUCCCAUCUGCUUCGUCGCCUGCACGAGCACGAGUACACCGAUAUCAAGGUCAAGUGCUCGUUCCUUGAGAUCUACAACGAGGAGCUGGAGGACCUGUUUGACGCAAAGUCGAAGCCAAGCACACGCAAGCGCAGCACGCGCACAACCAACAACCUCGUGCUCGUGGACGACGAGAAGCGUGGAUGCGUGUGCAAGGGCCUCAAGGAAAUGGCCGUCGAAUCUGUGCCGCAGGUGAUGUCCCUCCUUGAAGCAGCCGAAGCAAAGGCUCGGUACUCUGAGACGAAGAUGAACAAGCUGUCCAACCGCGCCCACCGCAUCUUCACGCUGAUUGUCGACUUCAAGCGCUACGAGAAGCCCGUGCAGGCGACGCUGACCUUUGUUGAUCUCGCCGGCUCUGAGGACAUCUCCAAGAGCGGCGCCACAGGCCUGACAGCCCGAGAGGCAAGCCACAUCAACAAGAGUCUCCUCACCCUCGGCAGGGUCAUCAACGCACUGGCAUGCAACGAGCGGCACAUCCCCUACCGCGACUCCAAGCUGACGCGCCUGCUGUCAGAGGCGCUCGGUGGCGUGUGCAAGACUUCGUUUAUCGCGUGCGUGAGCCCGUGCUCGGGUUCCAACACAGAGACAAGCAGCACGCUGCGCUAUGCAGAGCGCGCCAUGGAGGCACUCAACAUCUCCCAGCUGCCUCGCUGGAAACAGGAUGAGAUUAUGAUUGACGGGCUGACGCGGCGUGUGCAGCAGCUUGUGGACGACCUCGAGAGCAUGCGCAAGAUGCACAAGGAGGAGAUGCAGGAGCUCAAGAGCGAGCGCGACCACCUGCUUGAGGAAAACGUGCAGCACAAGCGGGACCUGGGCCGCGCCCACCGCAAGAUUGACCGGUUGCUUGCACGCAAGGCCGAGCUGAAGAGCGGCGUGAAUCUGCUGACGGGCCAGAAGGCGGAUCUGAUCAGCGAGAAGGAGGCGCUGCAGAAGGAGCUGCUGGAGACGCGCAUGGACCGCGACGGCCUGCGCGCCGACCGCAACACGAUGGAGGUGGUCCUCAAGUCUGUGCGCGACAUGCGCAACCGCCUGCUGGACGCCCACUCGGCGACGGAAAAGUCCCUGACGUCGGACGCGCUGGCGCUGAAGAAGGUGAUUGAGGGCGCCGUGGUGGACAUUGACGAGCUGCACCAGGAGAUUGCGCGCAAGAAGAGCCUCUCUGUGCACAACGAGCAGACGGCGGACGCAUAUCUGGAGCGCCUGUCUGCGCACCUCCGCGACAUUAUCCAGGAGGUGCAGGACUUUCAGGGCAUGCAGGACACGCAGCACUCUGGGCUGCAGUCGAUGCUCUCCGAGCUGCGCGGGACGCGGCAGCGCGAGACGGCGGCACUGACCAACGACAUCAACCGCGUUGCCACGGGGAUUGUGUCCGUGUUCAAGGACCUGGUGCAGCAGGCGGAGGAUGUGGAGACGGCCCGCAAGGCGCGCAUCUCCCGCGGCCGCGAGGACGCCACGCUGCAGACGCAGCACAUGCAGGCGGCGCUUGAGAAGGCGCAGGUUGCCGUGGUCGGCCAGCUGGGCGAGCUGCGGAAGCACUGCGAUGCACUCGGGGCGUCGAUGAACGGGUGGGCGGAGCGCGCCAACCAGCAGGCCGGGGACCUCCUCACGGCGUCAAAGGGGUUCACCACGGAGGUAAAGGGCAAGCUGCGCGGGUUUGAGGAGCACAUGGUGAACGCAACCAACGCGCACGUGAACCAGCUGGAGGCGCACCACGCGGCGCUGGUGUCGUUCCUGACGGAGGAGAAGGCCAAGCUCGAGGCGCAGUCGGAGCAGGUGAUUGAGGACAUUGCGGCGUUUGUGUCGCGGCAGGUGCGCGACUACGCGACGCAGGCGCAGCGGCGGGCGGAGACGGCGGUGAACGGCUUCAAGGACCGCACCAGCACCAUGACCGACGACGUGCGGGAGCUGGCCAAUGCACAGGGCGCGCAGCUGCGGGUGCUGAACGAGGCUGUUGCCGGCAACGACGCGGCGGUGGAAGAGGGCGUCAAGGCGGCGCGCACCACGACGGCACGGCAGCUGGCGACGGCGCAGGGCAUCCUGGACAACGUGCGGUCGGCCUCGGCGGACACGGAGGCGGAGCUGACGACGCACGUGGACGGCAUGGCGCAGACGGCGACGCACCACAAGGAGCAGCGGCUCAAGUUCCUCGGGGAGGACGAGCAGGCGGCGCAGGCGGCGCGGGCAGCCAGCGAGCGCGUGUACAAGAAGGGCAUCAAGGAGAUGCAGACGGAGGGCGAGGCGCUGCGGGGAAGCGUGGCGCAGCACCUGCAGGCGUUUACCGCGGCAACCGACGACCUGAGCACGAACCUUGCGGAGACGCGGACGAGCGUGCGGGAGCACGUGGAGGCGGCACAGGAGCAGUUGUACGACACGGAGGCGGACGGGGCCAACUACGUGAUGCAGGAGAUCAAGCGGGACACGAAGGAGGCGCCGCCGCACAAGGCGUACACGUAUCCACAGGAUUACGCCGCCACGCCCGCGUAUGGCGCCGUGCUGGAGAACGUCAAGCCGGAUUGGACGCGGGAGGAAGGCAUCAUGGAGGGGCAGGUCAAGCCCGGGCGCGGGACGGACUUUGCUGGGGAGAAGGGCGACGAGGACCACAGCGGGGUGCUGACGUCGACGCUUCCAAAGCCGCUGGAGGCGCCGGAGCAGCAGCGGCUGGACCGCGCCGUGUACGAGAGUGAUGCCGGCGAGUACGAGGACCCCGAGGGGUUUGUGGACCCCAUUGACCGCGACUCGGAGGAUGAGGAGGAGGACGACGAUGAUGAUGCUGCUGCUGCUGCCGAGAGCGAGCACCAGGACAGCACCGCUCAAGAUGGCGAUGUGCAGGCGAGCACUGGUGGUGCCGACGAGCAGCAGCAAGAGGAUGCGCACACCAACGGUGCAGCCAAUGUGCAGACACCCGACGCUGUUUGAAGCCGGAAACGGCUCGCCUGCGGCAUGACAUGGCAUGAUGCGGAGGUUGACAGCUUGCCGAGUUGAUUGUGGGUGUGUUGUGCUGCGUUUUGUACGUGUUGCAUGUUGCAUGCUGUUUCUCGUUGCAUUGUGUGUUGUUGUGUUGUGUUGCAUUGUGUGCUGUUGUGCUGCGUUGUGCGUUUGCCGAACAAAAUAGUUGAUUGUCGUUUGACGAGUUCAGUUAGCCCUUCACACUUCUUGCUUGCAAGCAGGGAAGAGGAGGAAUUUGAUUUGUUGUGCAUGGAAACCCAUAAUGAGUUGUUGGGUGGUUGGCUUGGUUUCACCUGGCAAUGGUGCUUCUCUCUGUGUGCUUUUGUGCUCCUCUUGAUGCGUGCGUGCGUGCGUGUGUGUGUGUGUGUUUGUGUGAGUGUGGUUGUGCACGUUUGUGUACAUUGUGUGUUGAGGAACAAUACAACGACAAAUGCA